UUUGGAUAAGAACUAAAGAUGACUAUGCCCAGAUUAUCGCCUUGAUAUACCACGACAAUAAAAAGGCAAGAAUUGAUGUUUCAAUUGAAAACGGUAAUUUGGUCCUGAGCUUCGAGGAUAGGCGAAGGAUAGUGCAAAAGUGCACCAUUAACGAUGGUAACUGGCACCAUGUCUGUGUUUCUCUUCAAAACACUUCAAAAAUGCAUAUCUAUCUCGAUGGCAAAAAAGUGCAUCAAUCAUUUUUUCGAUUUUCGGUGCAAAAGUCCAGGACAGAGCAGAAGUAUGCUUAUGUUUAUCUUGGAAGGCGUCCAGGUACCAAAAGAAGUCUUUCAUUAAGGGGUGAUUUAACACAAGUGAACAUUUGGGAUAACUUCCCCACCUUUCGCAUUCCACGUAUAUCAACAAACUCAGCUUGCGGUGGUGGGAAUGUCGUUGAAUGGAAAGACUUUCUUAACGCAAUAUCACUCAGAGAUGUCCAAUUAUACUCAUGUGAUGACUGUCCACAACGCGUCGGCUUCAAGUUCGAUAAGAAGGAACAAAAUAAUUUAGUGUGAAGAAGUAAAUACACCUUUAUAGAUCAUACCCUUUUAUCAAUUAAAUUUUACCCAAUGAUCUUGCUUUCAUUUCAAAAAAUUUAGUAUCAAUGAAUAUUGGGGUGCAGGAAUUGGCAAUAUAUGUCAGGGUCCUUAAAAAUCAAAAUCGUCACUUUAUGUCGCAAUGCAUUGUAUGUACUGUAUGUAGUGCGGAAGAGCAGUCAUUUAGCUUUUGAAAAACAUGUAUUGCCAAUUCCUGGAUGUAAUGAAAAUUUUACCAUACAGUGCACGAAACAUAGAUAUUUGAAACAAGGAUAAAUAUUUGACAUGAAAGUGAGACUAUUAGGGGCUGUUUACAUGAACAUCAACGAAGCGUGAGAGGGCUUUGAGGUGUUGAAAUAAGUUUUUAUAACACCAAACAAGCUCAUGCUAUUGUUGCGGUGAUUAUACGACAGCCAGGAUUAUGUUAUUUGCUUAUUUCAAUACCUCAAAGUCCUCUCACGCUUCGAUGAAUCUCGAGUAACCGGGCUCAUGUAAACAGCCGGCCCUUAGACGAGAUACGGAAAACGAACAAUUAGCCUUCCUCAUGCGGGCCACCUUUGCAGAAACGACCAGGAACUAAUAUGAAAAUCACUCGUGAAAAGUUAUUUUGAAGGAAGGUUAUGCACGAAGAGGACCUAAUAGGAAUGUGGUAACCAACGGACGUUAAACGAUUACAGCAUCUUGUGAUUGUGUGGCUCAAAUUCCUGCAUUUACAGCGUCACUUAUUAAUAUAAAAUUAUACUCUAUCUAAUUGGAGCUAGGUUUGUUAAAGUAAUUUCAAAAGAA